AGACCAGAGCGGAGCCGUGGAGCCCAUGGAGUAGUAGUAGCGUAGUAGUGUGGGGGUGCUCGCGUUUUCUUUCACCCUUCUCCUGCCGCUUUCUUUAAUGGAUACGCAUUUUGAGUGGAAUACAGCAUCAUCACAUCGCGAGUGAGCGGCGGUGAAUCCGGAAAGGUCUCCCUAUCGGAGACAAGAUGGCGUCCAACCACACCAUUCGCAGCUAUUCCAUCAUCCCAUGUUUCAUCUUUGUGGAGUUGGUGAUCAUGUCCGGGACGGUUUUGCUGGCUUACUACAUGGAGUGCACGGACCUCUUCAGCGUACACGUUCAAGGCUUCUUCUGUAAUGAUGCGGAUCUGAUGAAGCCCUACCCAGGCAGAGAGGAGGCUAGCUUCAUCCCUCCACUCAUCCUCUACUGCGUGGUGGCAGCGGCGCCCACGGCAGUUAUCUUUAUUGGCGAGGUGGCCAUGUUUGUGAUGAAGUCCACCAGGGAAGCUCUUCUGGCCCAGGAGAAGACCAUAGUGACCGGAGACUGCUGUUACCUCAACCCCCUCAUACGCCGCGUCAUUCGCUUCAUAGGUGUUUUCGCGUUCGGACUCUUCGCCACGGACAUCUUUGUGAACGCUGGCCAGGUGGUGACUGGGGGGCUCUCUCCGUACUUCCUGUCCGUGUGUAAACCCAACUACACCGGAACAGAGUGUCGCUUCAACCACCAGUUCAUCGUCAACGGCAACAUCUGCACUGGCAACCCGGUGGUGGUGGAGUACGCCCGCCGGUCCUUCCCGUCCAAGGACGCUUCGCUCAGUGUGUACUCGGCAGUGUACCUCACGAUGUACAUCACAAGUACUAUCAGAACUAAAUCCAGUCGUCUGGCCAAACCGGUGCUGUGCCUGGGAACUCUGUGCUCGGCCUUCCUCACUGGACUUAACCGUGUCUCUGAAUACCGCAACCACUGCUCCGAUGUGGUCGCUGGGUUCAUCCUGGGAUCAGCUGUGGCUCUCUUUUUGGGCGUGUGUGUGGUGAACAAUUUCAAAGGUGUGCACGGAGCAGCGGGUAAACAGAAGCAAGAGGAGUACCGCGGUCUGCCCCUCAUGACGUUCCCAAGAGUGGAGAGCCCACUGGAGACCCUCAGCGCACAGAGAUGACACAUGCUCUAAAAUCAACACCUCUCUUUUCUAAUGUACCACUAUGGUCUGCUAACACUGACGUUGAUUUCACCUUGUUUUCCUUUAUCCUCCAUUUUACCCCUUUGGCACUUUCUGUUCUGUCUCCCUCUCCACCCCUUUGGUCCACUUGUGUUUCUGCAGAACCACUCGGCAUCCAUGACUGAGGUCACAUGACUAAGGGGGCAGCACCGGGUCACGUUCGCGUCUCCACAGCACUUCCAGACCCAAUGACACGAGAGAGACGCGGGACGACGUGAUUCCGAUGGCUUAAACACUCAAACACAUUACUGCUAGCAUCCGUUCAUAUCUCCCGGGGAACUACAAACAUGGAUGUCUUUUUAAAUGGUUUCUCUUCAUGCUAUGUACAGCCACACAGCCAAGAAAACAACUCAAGAUUUUGCGUUAACUUAAAAGCACAGGUGGUUCAUCAUGAAGAGUUAAACCAUUUGAAAUGUAAUUCAUGUUCAGUUCCCUUUGUGGAUGUGGUAGUUACAGGACAUGUUUUGUACAUUUUGUAUGAGUGAGCAAGGGUUGCAGCCUGACACUAGUUUUAACAAGAUUGUAUCGGCUGGAAGUACAGUCUGUUCUAAGAAAGCUUUAUUAAGUAUUGCCAAGUUUGUUUUAAAGAACACAUUAUGCAUUCUUGAAAUUUCAUUCCCUUUUAAACAUGUGUUUGGUCACCUUCGGGUAAAUAUUUCAAACUUUCUAACUUAAAAUUAUGUAUGCAUUUGGAUAAUGUACUUUAUAAUCUUCACCUCCAUUUCCAAUGAGACAUUUAGGUGCUGGAGCUCCCUCUGCUGUUAGCAUGAAGUUUAGGCUAAUAGAGCCAUAUGUUCAUCUUGCACACAGUUUGACCACAGAAUGUGUCCAGUGAUUGCUUAUGGGCUUAAAAAAAAAAAACAAAAAACAUUGGUGAAGUCAGGAGUUUUAGCUGUCAAACAACUAAUCAGGCAAAAUGAAAAUGCAGUUUUAAGUCCUCAGAGAAGAUGACUUGGGAUUAAGGCAACAAACUAAUAAAACAAAGAUAAAACUCCAGGUAUGGUCAAUUUUGCAUAAUAUGCUUUCUUUAACAUGAACGAACAGUGGUGUGUUUACAUUGGAGAUCAAUGGUUCAUUUAUUUUGUAUAUACAAAGAAUCUCGAAGCAUUACACAGAUUCCAGCCUUGUAAAAUGGAGAAGCAUCUGGUGUACAAGCCAGUUCCAUGUUAGUCAUUUGCAGGAGAAAAACAAGUGCUCAAAAAGUUUUAAAUCACAUUUUGAUGUUGAUUGACAGCAACAAGCAAUCCAUUCAGAACUGAAGACAUUUGCCUGUCUCUCCUAGCUGAGAAGUUUUUCACUUUAGCGGAAUGUCCCGCCAGCCAGUACCAACAGGCAUCAGCCAUUUUAUCACAGCACACUUCCUGUCAGCUGACUCAGUUGGUUUGGACUCACUUCCUGUCAGGUGCUCACCACAUUGUGUCUGAAGAUGAGUAAAUAUAUUGAUGUUGUUGUUGUGUGAUGUUUGUCAUUUGUACAGAAAAAAGAACAGAAUCCUUUUUAUUAUCUCCUCUGUAUAUUACACGACCAUAUACGGUCAGAUUUUGUAAAGAUUUUUGUUAAUCUGUAUGAUGAUGAUGUAUGAUCCGUUUGGACCUGUCUGCCUGCUGUAAACUUGGAUAUGUUUUGGUAUCAGUCUCAGUGUUUCUUCCCUUUGGAGGAAAUGACACGAAAAAAUGAGGCAUCCUUGAAGAUGGAGGAUGGGGUCUGGCACAUGCAGUGCCACCUGAGCCCCUAUGUACAGUAAUACAUUUAACUGUUAGUACUUUAUUGUUCUGUCUGAUACCCCUCUCUGUAUGUUUAUACUAGUCCAUUUUCCUAUCACUUUAAGUUAAUGUUGUAUAAUAUCCACUUGACAUGAAAUCUAAGGAGAGGUGUUGGGCACUCUUAAUCUUUACAUUUAUUGUGAUGAUUGUGGCAGAGUCUGAUAUGAUCCAGUGGGGCUAUGCUAGCAUCAAAAAGGUUGGAAUAAAUUUACAAUUGAUUGUAUUAUAAUUCCUGUGGAAAAUAUGUAAAUGACAUUAAAACAGUUAUGAUGGGGCUAGCCUCAUUAAAGUCCAGCCAUUGCUCCCUGGGUCAGACCCCCCUCCCCCCUCUCCUCCCCUUUGUCCCACCAGUGGAUAGUGAUGUGACUCAUUUGUUUUGGGAGCUGCCCAGCAUGACCAGAGCCACCAUGUUUUACAGAUAACAUUACCAUUGUGAUUUUAAAUGUAUUUUUAUUUGAAAACAAAUCAAAGUGUUUCAUUUGAAAUGCUCCAUAUUUUUUCUCUGUUUGUCCACAAAAUAAAUAGUAGCAAAAUGC